CGUCUUAAUAAUAUUUUAAUUUCACUUUCGCUAAAUCUUUCAAUGAAGACAUGGCAUGAAAUGUGUGAAGCAUAUCCAAAUCAAUUGAUACUUGAAUCAAAUCCAACCAAGGCAGUGUCAUACUUACUUUGCAUCCAUAAGAUUUAUGAAGCUAUAGAUGUUUUUCAAAAUGUACGAAUGUUCAAAGAAGCCUAUUGUCUUGCUAAAUCUAAAUUAGAUUCUAAUGACAUAAUGAUAAAAACAAUAUUACAAAAUUGGGCAAAUUAUGAAUUUGAAAAAGGUCAUUUUGAAGCUGCAGCUCAUUGUUAUGUAAAAUUAGGAGCUUAUUCAGAAGCAGCCUCUUUAUUAGCACGUAGAAAAGAUGUAGAAAGUUUGACAAUAGCUGCUAAGCUAGCGUUGCUAUCUAAUGAGAGUGUUUUAAGCAAAUCAUUAGUAGAACAGGCCAUAAUGGAAGCUUUAAAAAAUUCAGAUACAUCUCUCGCAGAAAAUAUAAUUUUGAAGUUUCCACAUAUUAAGUAUUUAGAAGUCCAAGUAAAAGUGUUUAAGGAAUUAAAAAAGAUAUUAGAAAAAAGAAUAGAAGAAGGUACAAUUUAUACUUGGUUAAAGGGUGAACUUGAGGAUGGUAUAUUGCAGAUUUUUGAAGAUCAUCGUGAAGAAUAUAAAGCUUAUUACGAUGAUCUGUCUCAAUAUAGCUUCAGUAAUCUUAUUGAUAAUCAAGCAACAUUGUGGAUAAACGUUAGUGGCCAAUUAGCAAUGGCAAUGAUUUGUGAUUCAAUGGAAAAACAAUUAACUCAUUUGAUUAAUGCAUUAAGUAUUAUUUCUCAAUUUGAAAUACUACAUCGUAAAUAUAUAGUAAAUCAUGGAAGUUCUUUUAUUAAAGUACUUACUAAUUUAGAUAACAAAAGUCCUACAGAAGAGAAGAGUAUUUAUGCACGAAAAUGUUCUCUAUCUAAAAGUUUACGCGCUUAUUUGUGCAUUGGACUUUUGAAUUGGAUUUUAGAUGAUACUAAUAACCUAUCUAUAAAUGAUCAAAGUAUUCAAAUAAUACAAUUAAUAGAAGAACUACUUGAAGACAUUCUUGAAAGAGAAACAGUCAGAUAUUGGUCAUUAACUAACGAAAUCACGAAAUUAGAGGCUCAAAUAGUUUCCAAUUUAGGUAAAACACAGAAGGUAGAUGAAAAUAUAUAUAGUGAAGAUGAUGAUAUGCUCUUAUUAAAAAAGCUCGAUGACAUUAAAAAUGAAAAGAAACGAUUUAUUAACGAACGCAUAUGUGCACCAUGUCCUAUUUUGGCAUACAGUAAAGCCAAUGAAUUAAUAGAUAAGUUUUCUAGCGAAAACGUUAUAAUUAAAUUUUCAGCAAAACUUAAUGAAAUAUGGACAGAAGCUAUUAAGUAAUUAAUUAAAC